AACCCCAAACCCCGCGCGCGGUUGCUCUGGGUCCGCUGCGCUAACUGCGGAACCUUGUGUCGUAGACGUGUUUCCAGAGGAGUGAGUUCUCUGUGAUAUUUAGGACUUACUAGCUUCCGGUGACUUCUCCUGCUAAUGGCGGAGUCAGGGCAUCCUGCUCAGGAGGCACCAGCAGCCUCAGGUCGGAGAAUUCAUCGCGCUCCACGCAGACCCCGGCUCCCUCGCCCAGCUUCCGGUGCGUCGGAUCAGCCCCUUUGCAGUUCUGUGCAACCUGCAUGUGACUCCGCCACCAAGACACAUCCCGUAGGCGACACAGUGUCGAUGAAGCAAAAGAAGAAGAAAACCCCGAACAGGGUCUCUGGGACAAAGGGAAACGAAAAGCCCUCCGAGAAACCUGCCCCAGAUGAAGCUCCCCCUAGUGCUGAGGCCCAGGCGGAGCAGCUGGCGCGGGAGCUGGCCUGGUGUGUGGAACAGCUGGAGCUGGGUCUCAAGACGCAGAGACCCACCCCAAAGCAGAAAGAGCAGGCUGUUGGGGCAAUCCGAACGUUGCGCAGUGAAAAAACCCCCUUGCCCCGGAAGAGACAGCUGAUGCGCUCCUUGUUUGGGGACUACAGGGCUCAGAUGGAUGCAGAGUGGCGGGAGGCCCUAAGGGCUCUAAAGGCUGCCUCCCAUUCGGCCCAGGUACAGCUGGUUGGUGAGGCCACCAGAAAGAAGAGCGGAAGGGUUUGCAGGCCUCGUCCUGCAGGAGGAGCAAAAACCACUCCGGACUUGACCAAUGAAGAGUUUCGGUUUAAUUUCUUUUAGAGUCUCCUACAUGCUGGACUAGUCAUCCUCCCCCAGGGUGGUGUGGGGAUUUGUCCGGAGUGCAGGCCUUUCCAGGAAUUCUCUCAGCAGAGAUGGGAUUGCUUUGCCCUUCACUGCUGCGUGGACAUGAAGCGGCUGGUCGGUGUGAAGCUGCUAUGUGGAAACCUUUGACGGAAAUGUUCUUCCUGUCAGAAGAGAGACUCGAAGCAGCUGCUGGUGAUGAGGAACCGUGGAGAAGCUGUGGACACACUGGGCUCACUUUUGAAAGGAUGCCCUGGUCAUUUUUUUAGUGCUUUAUAUAUUGCUAUACUGCCUUAAUAAAUCUUUUCUAAAGAAACGG